AUGGUGCGCCUUAGGGAAAUUCCACGCACCGCGGCCUUCGCGUGGUCUCCCGAUGCGCCAUCUUCUUGGAUCGCAACCGGCACAAAAUCAGGUGCUGUCGACGUCGACUUCAGUAAUGAGACUUGUCUGGAACUUUGGGAUCUGGCAUUGGAGAACGGGGAACAGAAUCAGGAAUUGCAGCCCUCUGUCACCCUGCCUACUGAGACUGGCUUUCACGAUCUUGCCUGGACGCCUGCUCAGAUUGGACACAAGAGAGGGAUUAUUGCCGGAGCCUUCGACAAUGGAUCGCUAGGCCUCUGGGACGCGGAUAAGGCCGUAACGAACACAGCGGAAGCCUCAAUCUUCACCCACAAAAUACAUAGCGGAGCAAUCAAGGCCCUACAAUUCAACCCCAAGAUACAGAAUUUCCUCGCCACGGGUGGUGCCAAGGGGGAAUUGUUCAUUUCAGACCUGAAUCACCUCGACACCCCCAUACGACUCGGAAGCACUGCCGCUCGAGCCGAUGACAUCGACUGCCUCGACUGGAAUAAGAGAGUCUCAAAUAUCCUCGUCACAGGAAGCAGCGGAGGUUUCGUGACAGUAUGGGAUAUGAAAACAAGGAAAGAGAGCUUGACGCUCAACAACUUCCAACGGAAACCGGCCAGUGCUAUUGCUUGGGACCCUGAAAAGCCCACGCGGCUGAUUACCGCUGUGCCACUGGAGCAAGAACCUGUCAUCUUGGUCUGGGAUCUUAGAAAUUCGAACGCUCCGGAGAAGGUGCUCCGUGGGCAUGACUCAGGAGUCCUUUCAGUUGCUUGGUGCCCUCAAGACCACGACCUCUUGCUGUCGUGUGGAAAAGACAACAGAACGAUUCUGUGGAAUCCCCAGACCGGAGAUGCAUAUGGCGACUAUCCCGUUGUAACGAAUUGGACUUUCCAGACUAGGUGGAAUCCUCAUAACCCGAACAUGUUUGCGACUGCCUCUUUCGAUGGCAAACUGCAGAUCCAGACCUUGCAAAACACCAAUCCGAGCAGCACACAGACAGACCAGAGUCAGGCUGCCGACGGAGAAGACUUCUUCUCGAAGGCUCAGACGCAGCCUCAGACUUCAUCGUUUUCUCUUCUCAAAGCACCCAAGUGGCUGGAGCGACCGGUUUCCGUAUCUUUCGGCUUUGGUGGAAGAAUCAUCAGUGUCAAACAAGCGGACCCUGAAAAAUCGAGGGCUUCAAAGAUCUGCAUCAGCAAAUUCGAGGUUGAUUCGAAUGUUGGGAGCGCGACGGAAACAUUCGAGAAAGCCAUUCAGUCAGGAGAUCUCACCAGCUUGUGUGAGGAUCGUGUUGCAACUGCGAGGACUGAGGAGGAGAAGGCUGACUGGAAGGUUAUUGAGACUCUGGUAUCCAAAAACCCCAGAGCAGAGCUUGUGAAAUAUCUAGGCUUUGAAGACACAGCUGAAGACAGCGCAAACGGUGUUGGAGAGCAGCGCCCAGAGGAUGAGAUUUCUGAAGAGCAAAAAGCCCCAGUCAACGGCGCCUCAAAGGCCCACAAACGUUUUCAAUCCAUUUUCGCAAGCUCAGCCGAUGGGGACUUCCUAGCGGAAUUAGCCGCUACGAAGGGUACCAGGACCAACAAUCCAUUCCAGAUCUACACAGGAUCGGAGUCUCAAGCUGACCGCAAGAUCACAAGAGCUUUGAUUUUGGGACAGUUUGAGAAAGCUCUGGACGUAUGUUUGCAGGAGAACAGAACGUCGGAUGCUUUCAUGAUUGCCAUCUGCGGCGGCGAAGCCUGCAUUAAGAAAGCGCAAGAGGCAUAUCUCGCGAAACAAUCUAGCGGACCAAACUACCUCCGUCUUCUCGCCUCGGUCGUCGGCAAAAAUUUAUGGGAUACAGUUCAUAAUGCUGACCUGGCGAACUGGAAGGAAGUCAUGGCUACGCUGUGCACUUUUGCUGACGAACAAGAGUUUCCAGAUCUUUGCGAAGCACUUGGAGACAGGAUUGAGGAACAGAUCGAUGAUCUUUCUUCAGUUUCCCGGAAAGAUGCUUCGUUCUGUUUCUUGGCUGGUUCCAAGUUGGAGAAGGUGGUCGCCAUCUGGAUUCAAGAGCUCAGGGAGCAUGAGGAGGCUGGAGCCUCGGAAACGGACGCAUCUUCUGCAUUUUCCCUGCACGCCCGUGGUCUCCAAGAUUUCGUUGAAAAAGUUACCAUCUUCCGACAAGUGGUGAAUUUCAAGGAUGAAGAGCUCUCCAAAACUGGGGAGUGGAAGCUGGAAGCUUUGUACGGCAAAUAUCUGGAAUAUGCUGACAUUGUGGCUGGAUCGGGCCAGCUCGAUGUUGCUCAGAAAUAUCUUGACCUUCUUCCAGCAAGCUAUCCAGGAGCGGAUGUCGCAAGAAGCCGGAUUCAACAGGCAAGGAAGAAGACGGUCGCUCCAGCUGCUGUUCCGCAAACGACCUCCACAACGACGAGAAACAAGCCCUUGCCAGGCACGUCACAAUUUCAGCCUCCGACAACUGCAUUUACUCCUCCAACUCCUCAAGUCUCAACUCCUUAUGGUGCAAGCAACCUGCAACCGAGCAACCCCUAUGCGCCUCUCACAACUACCAGUGCACCAUCAAAUCCAUAUGCACCCGUUGGCGGCGGGUAUCAACCUCCACAACAAAUGAGAAUGACUCCCGGCCCUCCUCCCGGUCCAUACGGCAUUCCACAGGCAAAUCCUAUCCAACCACCUCCGAGAUACAAUCAAUCUCCUGCUAUCCCUCCUCCAUCUCAGGACAGGAGCAUGUCUAACUGGAAUGAUAUUCCAGAGGGUUUUGUCAAACCUCCCACUUCGAGAAGAGGAACACCUAGCGUUCCUCCACAGCCUACUCAAAAUCCACUCAAUCCACCACCGGGACAGAUAACCUCUCCUCCCCCCGCCCCGCCAUUUGGUUCAAGGCAGAGAGCGUCUCCAGUUCCUCCUCCACCCAAAGGGACGGGUCCACCUCCGCGAGUGACGUCUCCUCUAGGUGGUCAACCACCUUUUGAGCGACCUUCAUCAGCGAGCAAUCCUUACGCACCGUCGACUUUGACAUCUCCAAUCGGGCAAAAUAUCAUGUCACCACCAAUUCCUAGAGGCCCAUCUCCAUACAACGCCCCCCCUUCUCACGCUCCUACAGCCCCCAAUAGAUAUGCGCCGGCAACGGGGACUCAGCAUACGACGGCGUCAACUACACGCCCAUCUAUCGCACCACCCCCCCAAAGUUCAUCCUACCAAGCGCCUCCUCCUCUCACGAAUCCCUAUGCCCCAACCCAUCAAUCGCAAUCAACUCGGCAAACGAGCUAUGGUCCACCACAGCCAACCCAGACACCACAGUCAGCCACGGCGCCGCCAAUACCAACACCACAGCAACAGUUCAUCUCUUCCGGUCCGCCUCCCGCAGCCAGCGGUUCUGCGCCGCAAAGGCCACCAUCCAGGCCUGGCACCGCGGGUUCAAAUAAAGCGUCCGCUACUCCUCCGGCGCGGAAAUAUCCCAAAGGCGAUCGCACGCACAUUUCUCUCUCCGCGCAACCGAUCUACACCAUUCUCUCGUCCGAAAUGUCCCGCGUCAAAGCCCGAGCUCCACAAUCGUUUAAAGCACAAGUCGUCGACACCGAGAAACGACUCGAUAUCCUCUUCGACCAUCUGAACAAUGAGGAUUUGCUGAAGCCAGACACGGUUGCUCAACUAGUUGAGUUGGCUCAGGCCCUGGAGGGAAGGGACUUUGUCAAGGCGCAGGAGAUUCAGAUGGAUGUGCAUACCAACAAAGUAGAGGAGUGUGGACACUGGAUGGUGGGUGUGAAGAGGCUAGUGGGAAUGUGUAGGGCCACACCUUAA